UGAAAUGCUGAACUCCUCCUCCUCACCAUCAUCUCACUGGGCGCAUCUGCAGGCUCCAGGAGCAGAGCGAUAUGAGUUCACACGGAUACAUUUUAACUUAGCUUUUCUUCUCUGCUCACUGAAUAGCCUUCAAAUAGAGAUGAAGGAUAUUUAAGUUAAAGACAGGUGGCAACCCGGCUCAUUUGAAAUAUUAAUUUUGUCACAUUAAAUCUCCUUUACUUCAGUUCAUAAUGGGAUUACGCAUAUUUGGCACGCCGCUUUACGCAUAUUUGGCACGCCGCUUUACGCAUAUACGUGCGUCUAUUUUUUUGUUUUCAUCCUGCAAGCCCAGUCUCAGAGGGAUCCGGGGACACAACAAGGAGAUAACCAAAGAGCGGCUCUCCGGCAAACGCUACAAUGGUCACACAACGGCAAGAUUUUUAGCAUUUUAAGCCAGGGUUCGGAGUAUCAACCACCGAGGCGGAGGGGCGCACCUCAGGAGCAAGUGCAGGCGCGACCUGUCACCAUCAUUCGUGAUGCGGACGUGAGACAUCCGGACACCUCGAACCAGCCGGUGGCCCAGCAGCAGCAGCAGCCUCCCCGGCCGGCGUCAAACCAUCACAGCCCCGGCGGUCUCCCGCCUCCGCUCCAAAGGCUCGUGAGAGGGCACGAGCACCGCCAGCAUCACCAUGACCGCCCCGGUGAGCGCACUGGGACGCAGAGGAGCAGCAAUGGGACCCAGGAAAAGGUCACUGUCGGUCCGCCUCUGCCCAGGAGAGAAGACAUGAUGGUCGGCGAUGAUCCCUACGACCCCUACAAGUCCACUGAUAGUGAUAAUCCAUAUUACAAUCAUUAUGACGUUUACGAGAGACCGAGGCAGAGAUCGAGACCCGGAUAUGGUACAGGUUAUCAUCAGUACGGUCUGCCUGAUCUUGUACCUGAUGCAUACUACAUUCAAUCCUCUGCUUAUGCCCAGAGAGUCCCAAUGUACAACCUGAGAUGUGCAGCUGAGGAAAACUGUUUGUCAAGCUCAGCCUAUAGAUCCAGUGUUAGAGACUAUGACACCCGUAUGCUGCUGAGGUUUCCUCAGAGAGUCAAGAACCAGGGGACAGCAGACUUCCUCCCCAGCAGGCCACGUUACUCCUGGGAGUGGCACAGCUGUCACCAGCACUACCACAGCAUGGAUGAGUUCAGCCACUAUGAACUUCUGGAGCACUCGGUGGCUGAGGGCCACAAGGCCAGCUUCUGCCUGGAGGACACUUCCUGUGACUACGGCUACUACAGGCGAUUUGCCUGCACCGCACAUACCCAGGUCUCAAAGAUACCUGUUGAAAUGUUGUUAUUGCUGACUUUAAAGCUGCUCUCAUCAGUAUUUUUAUAUUACCAAUGGAUCACGUGACUACUUGUAUGCGAAAGGGGUCAUUCAUAUUGACAUACCCACAGAAAAUUAUCACCCGACUCAGCUCUGCAUUUAGCUUCUGUCAGCUCAUUGUUUUGGUUUUAUGGCCCACAACUUCAAGUCAAGUCAAUUUUAUUUAUAUAGCUCAAUAUCACAAAUCACAAUUUGCCUCAAGGGGCUUUUACUUUACUUUAUUGUUGGUUCAGUCUCACUGCUCUCAUCUGCUCAUGUCCUGCAACAGCAACCAGCUAUUUUCAACAACAAAAACCUCUGAUAACCCCACUGUAAGCUACCUGCUCAGCACCAAACUGCAGACAGACAAAAUCAGCAACUAGCUAACAUAGUGGAGCAUUUAGCGGCUAAAGAGGCAGAUAUUUCCCUCAGAAGUUGGUGGAGACCAAAAACAGAGCGAAAUGAGAGUGAAUAUUGGACUUACAUUCAGGAGGUGGCCAGAUGCAAAUAAGCAACUUUUUGUCUUCCAUUUACAGCUUGUUUAAGCUGCCCCCAUGUGGCUAAAAAAUCAGUUAAUGCAGGUUUAAGUAAGUGAGCUCAACAACUAGGCCUACUACCAAAUUUAGCUAGUAAGCUCCUGUUAUCUAGAGCAGCAACAAUGGCAGGGUAAAUUUUAAUCAACUAAGUAGCUGCUGCUGUAAAUAAACACAGGUACACAGACGCAGUAGCAUCUAACUAGCCAAAAAAGCAGACCCUCUGGUCUUUGGCCUUAACCAGAUGGCUCAGUUUUAUUCAAGUGUCCCAGUAAGUCAUGACAGUGUGACAGUGAGCCAGCGUGCACAAUACCAGGGCCCUGAAACUGAUGCAGCUAAAUGGAAUUCAACCAUCAUUAACUUUAUUUUUUACACCUGUGCUUCAAAAUGUCUAUCACGAAAAAGGUCUCUUUAAAAAAAAAAACUGCUAUGAUACAUUGUUGCACAUUCACACUGCUCUUUCAUCAGGAAACAAAAACCCAAUCACCCUUGUGUAGCUCUGCUGGUCAAGGAUGAAAUCUUCCCAAAGCGAAGAAGACCCCCGUAACUUCAGUUCAGAGCUUGGUUUAGUCACACAGACAAAUAUGAUGACGGAAAGAAAAUAUCUGUAUUUGUGUGUAACAACAACAAUCAUGAGCAGGAACAUACAGUAACCAGGACCACAUUGGUGAAGUGGGACUGAGGGAAGUUUAAGAUGAGAUAUGUUUUUCUUUUUUAGUGUAAUUUAGUAAUUUAUAAAAAAACAUUUGUAAUUUAAUGAAGCAUUUUAGAGUGUGAAUGCUGUACAAUGUAUUAGACUUAUUUCUCUCUCAAAUGACUUUUUUAUCUUUGUGUGAAAAAAGGAAACACCCAUUAAAAAAAACUAGAUGUGAGCUUUUGUUCCUCAAACUGUUAGUUUAGCAAGACUUUACAAAACUAAAAUAACACAGUUGUUGAGCUUACACUCAGGUCAAAUAUAUGUUGAAAGCUGUUUUAUUUAAUGGCAUAAAAAGGCCCAAAUAUUUCUUAAUGCUGAUGUUAAACCCGUUGCCAGUCCUAAGAACAAGGACAUGUAUUCUUAUAAUGAAACUGAAACACUUCUCGACUGUUCGUGCCAGCCAGUGCAACCUCAAUCAUUGCUGUGGCAAGACAAACUCAGACAGGUUGUCUAUCAAAUGAGAAAUCUGCAUUUUUCUCUGCCCUUUUUAUUGUCAAGUCUGUCUAAUGUUUUGUAUCCAUGGAGGUUUGCUGCAGAACUGAUGUUGUUUACUACAAUUUCUUAUUUAUUUGCUUUGUGCAAAUUGCAUCUGAGUUCACAAAGCCCUCCGUUUUGUACAUAAAUUAACACUUGUUUUCUAGCUUAUAUAUGCAUUCAUGAAAUGGGGUUUAGCUAAAUUGAGUUAAAAUUUGCAUGUGACUGAUGACAAACUCAUUAAUAGUAGGAAACGAUUUCCUGCAUGUUAGAAACUCCUUUUAGUGUAAUCAGUCUGACGCCUUGACUUUAUUGUCUCCAGUACCAAGGAUGCUGCUUCCUUAUUAUGUUGAUAGCAAAGGGGAGGUGUGUAUUGCACAACUUUGUAUACGACGUUAUUGUUAUCAUAAAUGGCAUAAAUGACUCAUGCAUUGUCCAAAAUAACUCUGCUUCCUGGACCAUGGGGAAUUACAGUAAUCACCAAGAGAACUAUGUGGCACUGUUGAAGCCUACAGAACAUGGUGCUUUCAAUUUGAAUCUAUUAUUAAGUAUGAAUUUUUAUUCUUAUAACUGUGCAGAUUCGUUGCUUGAUUGUAAAAGCAGAGUUUCCAGACAGCACGCUCCCGUCAAAUACACAAGAAACCAACUAGUAAAAUGUGAUGUUCUUGCUAAACCCUGCGGUUGACUAACGAUGUUUCAGCCAUUGCUGUUAAUUUCUGCUUUUUUGACUUCCUUCAAAGAGAGAAUUGGACAUGAUUAGUGCAACUUUCCUGUGGAUGUUGCAAACAAUGAUGUGCUGACAGAAAAGGGACCCCUUAUUUGGUAACAAGCAGACAAUCUGAACUUUAAUUGAAAGUGAUGAGAAAAAAGUGAUUAAAAAUAUUCGUUCUUCUGCAUGAAAA